AUGUCAGCUCACAAUAAUGAGAUUGAAAUGACAAACCAAGAUAUAAACAUAACUAAUAAUGAAAUCUCUCAACACAAAAACGAAAACAAUGACAUCCAACAACAUCCCUCUGUUACUAUGACUGUAUUAACUUCUUCAACCCCUCAAAUUGAACCAAAUAAUGAAAUUAUUCAAAGCCCAGCAAAGCUACCACAAAGUAAUUUAGCAGAUAAUGAAACAAACACAAUAAAAAGUGAUAAAAAAGUAUCUAAUAAUACUAUUGAAGAUACAAUAGCAAAAAAUUUUGAAGAAUUACUUUAUGAAGAAAAAGAAUAUCAUAGAACUCCAAGUGGUCAGUCUAAAAGAACUAAAAAGACAUGGGGAAAAAUUGGAGUUACUUCUUUACAGUUAGGGUUUUCUCUUGUUGGCUCAUUAAUUGGUUCAGGAAUUCUUUCUCUUGCCCAAACGUGUUAUAAAAUGGGUCUUGUUGGAUAUACUAUUUGGAUUAUAUUAACAAUAUUUUAUUUUUGUCUUACAUGGAGUUAUUUCAACAGAGCUAUAUAUUUAACUGGGGCAUCUACAUUAGGUGAAUUAUUAUCACUAAUAUUUGGUAAUUUUUUUGCUAUUAUUGUUGAUAUUUGUAAUACGCUUUUUUUUAUAUGUGUACUGAUGUGUGAUCAAGUAAUUGCUACUCAAUACAUUUUUGGUAUUGUACAAGAGACCACAUCACGAGACCAAUGGAAUAAUACAUUAGACGAAUGUUAUGGCAACCCACAAAGAACUGCUGGUAUAGCUUGUGGAUGGCAUUAUAUAAUUCUUUAUCUUGUUGCUGUUUGUUUAAAUCUUCCAUUAAUUAUUCCUAAAUCAGUUAAAUUUUUAAGUAAAAUUUCAGUAUUAACAUUAAUUGCUGCAUUUAUUACAACAGCUAGUAUAAUUGGUAAAUUAAUUUAUGCUGCUGUAACUGGAAAAUCAUCAAAUGGAAGUGAUGCUAAUUUUCCAACUUUUGAUGGAAAGUGGUGGCCACAAAGUUUUAUGUCAUUUUUUACUAUGGCACCAUUUAUUUCAGCAAAUUUCCAAGUCCAUUCAUGUUUACCACCAUUAUAUGUAGGAACAAGAGGAUUAUCUAAAAAGAAUAAAUUGGUUGCUUUACAAGGUGGAAGUUAUUUUUCAAUUAUAACAUGUUCAUUAUUUUAUUUACUUAUUGCUGUAUGUGGUAAUUUAAGUUUUGAUAAAGUAUCAUCAAAUAUAUUAAAUGAUUUUACUAAUUCUGGUAGUUCAGAAAUAGAUUGGGUUAUUUUAAUUUGUAGAGCUUUAAUGACAAUUGUUGUUUGUAUUGCAUAUCCAGUUAUUAUGUUUCCUACAUGUGCGGGUAUAUUAAGAUAUAUUCCUAAACAAUGGAAAUUUAUGACAAUAUGGAAUGGAAGACUUUCUAUUUUAGUUAUAAGAAUAAGUUUAUUAUGUUUGACAACAUUAGCUGCAUCAUUUAUUACUAAUAUUGGAGUAAUUUUUUCUAUUGGAGCAGCUAUAUUUUCUAUUUUUGUUGUUUAUAUUGGACCAAUGAGCAUUAUGAUGUUAUGGCCUAGAAUGGAGAAAUUAGGUGAUCCAAAUUUUAGAAAAUUAUCAGUGAUUGAAAAUGUAUUAUAUAAUAAAAAAGUAGAAGGAAAUCAGAUGUUUACUUAUAGAGAUAUUGAAACUGCUUUUGCUAAAAAUGAAGCUCAAAAGAAUGAAGGUAUUGCUGAUGUUGUUGUUACAAUUAAUACCAAUGAAACUACUGGACAACAAGUAAUUGAAUUAAAUGAUGUUAAAGAACAAAAAGAACAACCAACUAAUCAAAACAGUUACCAACUCACUGUGACUAUGGACGGUGAAUCAAAUGAUGAAGAUUUAUCUUAUUUACAAAAACAAUGGAUUAAAUUACCAGAUGCACAUAUUCCAUGGUAUCGUUAUCUAUUAUUUACAAUUGCAAUGGCUUGUUGUGUAGUAUUAUGUAUUCUUUCAAUUAUAGGGACAAUUAUUGAAACAGUUACAUCUUCUUAG